AUGGCGGACGGAUUCAACCGGCCAAAACCGCUUUCAUUUGAAGGUGACAUUGCCGAGAACUGGAGACAGUUUGAACAGGAGUUUGACAUUUUCCUGGAAGCUGCGCAUGGUGAUAAGGAUGACAAAACGCAGGCAUAUAUCUUCUUGAACAUUGCAGGAAAGGAAGCAAUCGAAAGGGAAAAGUCUUUUACGUACGGGUUGGCAGAAUCAAGGGCAAGCCUACAAGUCCUCAAAGAUAAGUUCAGCGAACUGUGUAAGCCACAGACAAACAUUACGUUGGAGCGUUUUCGAUUUUUCACUCGAAAUCAGAGCAGAGGUGAACAUUUCCAAACUUUCUAUACAGAUUUAGUGAAUAAGUCAAAUUCAUGCAAUUUUGGCGCUCUCAAAGAUGAAAUGACCAGGGACAGAAUAGUGUGUGGUGUAGAUUCGGACAAUCUAAGGAAAUCUUUGCUGAAAGAAACUGCUUUAACUUUAGCUAAAGCUGUUACCAUAUGCACUCUCAACGAAAUCACGGAAAAGGGCCUACAAGAACUCACAAACAAAUCAACAGCAGAGGUACAUGCUAUACACGGUGCUAGAAAUGAAAGAAGAAAACAACAUAAAUCUCCGCCUACAUGCAGGAACUGCACAUACUCACAUCCAGUUGGACGUUGCCCAGCACGUGGCAAGAAGUGUCACAACUGUAACAAAAUGAACCACUUUGCAAGUGUUUGUAAAGCUCCGCACAGUGAUAAUGAGAAUGGAAACCCAAGAAGCAGAGACAGGAGACAUGAAAAGCAAACAAAAAGAAAGGCAAAGCGAACAGUUCAUGACAUUGAUGAAGAAUAUUAUGAAGACUCUGAUAGUGAUACCGACAGCUUUCUAUUCAUAGAUUCCCUAGAGGUGGAUGGAAUUGAGGAGUCGCCACUGGAAGCAUAUGCCACCCUACUUGCAAACAAUGAGGAAAUAAGGCUUAAAGUUGACACAGGUGCCAAAUGUAAUGUCUUACCACUAUCCUGGUUCAAGAAGGUGAGAGACAAAGAGAAAAUCAGCAAACAACACAUAGUAACAUUGGUCAGCUAUGGAGGGAGUUCCUUGAAAACAUUGGGAAGAACCCAAAUCAAGUGUAGAUUCAAAGAUAGAGAAGAGCUGCUAACCUUUCAUGUCAUAGAACAACAGCUCAAGCCUAUAGUAGGACUACGUGACAGUGUACGCCUUAAGCUACUAUCCUUCGACGAGGAUGUAUACAGUGUGUGUGAACUAACAAUGAAAAACACACAAAACUAUGAACCACUGACCAAGGCACAGAUUAUGAAGGGAUACCCUACUCUCUUCGACGGAAGACUGGGGAACUUACCUGUAGAAUACAGUGCUGAGCUGGACCCCGACAUAGUACCUGUGAUCAGGGCACCUAGGCGCAUUCCUGUGGCAAUGCAGGACAAAGUCAAGCAGGAGUUAGACUCAAUGGUGGAACAAGGAGUGAUCACACCAGUGACUGAACCGACGGACUGGGUCUCGUCUAUGGUGAUAGCAAAGAAGAAAAACACAGACAAAAUACGGAUUUGUAUUGAUCCAAUUGACCUCAACAAGGCUUUGAAGCGACAGCACUACCCCAUGAGGACAGUAGAAGAAAUCAUAGCAAGAAUGCCCAAGGCGAAAUUCUUCACCAAGCUAGAUGCAUCGCGGGGAUUCUGGCAGAUUCCAUUAUCACAUGCAACAUCGAUGUUGACGACGUUCAAUACCCCAUAUGGACGUUAUAGAUACCUAAGAAUGCCGUUUGGCAUCACUUCAGCCAGUGAAGUGUUUCAGAAACACAUGGACAGUCUAUUCAGUGGUCUACCAUGUGAAGGUAUAAUGGAUGACCUACUUGUUUGGGGAGAAACAGAAGAACAGCAUGACAAUAACGUCAUCAGAGUACUCAACAAAGCGGAUGAAAUAGGCCUGAAACUGAACCCGGACAAGUUCCACUUCAAAGAAAAGGAAGUGAGCUAUGUUGGUCACAUACUGACAGCUGAAGGUGUCAGACCUGACCCUGAGAAGGUCCGAGCAAUUGUCAAUAUGCCAGAACCUGAGGGAUUGCCGUCACUGCGUAGAUUCCUAGGAAUGGUUACUUACCUGGCAAAGUUCAUUCCCCAUCUCAGUGAGUUGGCAGCACCACUGAGAGAGCUCUUAAAGAAAGAGACUACAUGGGAGUGGUCCUCCAAAUGUAGGACAGCAACUGAAGCAAUAAAGAAAGAAAUCAGCAACUCAGCUACCCUGAAAUUCUAUGAUGUUACAAAGCCUGUCACUCUAACAUGUGACGCCUCCAAGAGUGGAUUGGGUGCAGCAGUAAUCCAGGAAGGACAUCCAAUAGCCUAUGCGUCCAAAUCCAUGACGAAAUCACAAACAAACUAUGCUCAAAUCGAGAAGGAGUUGUUAGCAAUCCUCUUCGCCUGUGAGAAGUUUCAUGAUUACAUUUAUGGCAAAAGAGUUACAGUUGAAACAGACCAUCAACCACUCAUUACCAUAUGCAAGAAACCACUGUUUGCAGCACCAGCAAGGCUACAACGCAUGCUACUAAAACUACAGCAGUAUUCCAUUGAUCUGGUAUACAAGAGAGGGAAGGACUUAAUAAUUGCCGACACACUCUCACGAGCAUACUUAGAAGAUACCUCUAACAAUGAAGAAGAGUUUGAGGUAUUGACAGUUCUGCCCAUGACAGAACAGCGAACAGAGCAGCUGCAACGGGAAACAGCCGAAGAUCAACUAAUGCAACUGCUGAGCCGUUACAUAUACUACGGAUGGCCAGAAUACAGAAAAGAUGUACACCCAGAUGCCAAACCAUAUCACUCAUUCAGGGACGAGCUCGCUGAAUACUCAGGAAUUAUAUACAAAGGCGAGAAGAUUGUGGUACCUCCAAGUCUGAGGACUGAAUACAUGGAACAACACAAAACCAGCAGUCCUAAUUACCCACAAAGCAACGGACUUGCAGAACGCGCGGUGAGAUCAGCCAAAAGCCUUCUUGAGAAGUGUGACAUGGACAGAACAGACCCAUAUCUAGCAAUACUGAAUCAGCGCAACACACCAAGAGAUCCAAUUUUGGGAUCCUCGGCUCAACGACUGAUGGCGAGACGGACUAAAACACAGCUCCCCAUGUCAAAAACACUACUUGAACCUUCUCUCAAGGAUCCACAAGUAAUCAGAAACAGGCUGCUGAACAUCGGACAACAUCAAAAACAACAAUACGACAAAACAGCAAAACCACUGGGACAACUCAUUCCAGGUGACAAAGUUAGAUUACAGUCAGAAAAGGGUUAUGACAAACUAGGAGUUGUAAAAGACAUGCAUGACACACCAAGGUCCUACAUUGUUGAAUCGGAUGGCAGAACAUACCGGCGCAACAGAAGACACCUACUUCUAAUGCCUGAAGAUAUCAAGAAGAGACAAUGCUACACAUCUCCACAACAAAAACAACAGAUAGAACCAGUGCAACCACAACAAAAGCAUCAGCUGGAGGAGCAAACACCUUCCAAACCAUCGCCAGUGAAAUCGCCCAGCAAACCACCACCUGUGAGAACACCCAUCAAACCACCACCGGUGAAAUAUGCAGCAACGACGUCGCCAAAGUCCCACACCGACCACACAUCCCCAGCUGCAACAAAACAUACUCUAACAAAAACGAGGAGUGGAAGAAUAGUGCAACCCAACCCAAGAUAUGCAUAUUAA